CAAAACGAAAUACAUAUGCUUCAAUGGAUCGAAACAUUUAGAAAGGAAAGAUCAGAUCCUCUAUUAUUGGUCCUCGAUGAUAUUUGGUCUGGACAAGAAUCCAUUCUUGAGAGCUUUCAAUUUGAAAUGUCAAAUUUCAAGAUUUUAGUGACAUCAAGAUCUGAAUUUCCAAGAUUUAGUUCUGUAUAUCAGUUAAAGUUAUUGGAUGAUGACAACGCCAUGAAACUCUUUUAUCACUCGACAUCAUUGGGAGAUAAGCGCUCUUCUCGUACUAUAGAAGAUAUCUCAAGAAAGAUAGUAAAGCGUUGCAACGGAUUUCCACUUGCUAUUACAGUUGUGGGAAGAUCACUUGCUGGGCAGCCUUUAGAGGUUUGGCGAAGAAGAGAGUCGGAAUGGUCUAAGGGUUCUUCAAUUUUAGAUUCUGAGACGAAAUUGUUUCUUUGCCUCCAAAGCAGCUUAGAUGCUCUUGAUAAAGGAUUUACAACUGUGAAAGAUUGUUACUUAGACCUGGGAUCUUUUCCUGAAGACUACAAAAUCCCGGUUGGUGUCCUUAUUGAUAUGUGGGCAGAGUUGUAGGAUCUAGAUGAUGAUAUUGUGUUUG